AUGGCUACCAGGACCGAGACCUGCACCGAAGUGGCUGUCCGUGCUGCGCCCAACCCCUUCCAUUGGGAGGUCCUGGAGGACGAGCCCAAGGUUCAGCGAACGUGCAUUGGAAGACUUUUCCGCUCAACUGAGUACGAAAUUCUGCACACUGGCGGCUUCGUUCGACUUUGCACUGAGCGUGGCCGCGUGUACUGGCUAGCUCAAAAUGAACACGACCAUCGGCUGCCAGACUGGAAGCUGCACUUCUCCGUGGCCAUGGCCGACGUACCAAGGGCCUGGAACGUGCUAUCGGAGAUCUUCCUGAACCAGGCCUGCGACUUUGGGAUGAAGGCUGUUGCUGGCGAGGCGUUGGACUCCUGGCCAGAUGAGCAACGUGGUAGGGAGCUGACAGUCUACAUCUUCCAAGAUCAUCCUGCAUACAAAGGAGGGGGUCCGAUGAUGGGAUACUGCCCAGGUUUCGAGCACAACUUCUGGUUGGGACCAGAGUUUGAGCGCGCCAGUGAGUUCUGGCUUGACUUCGUAGUGCAGGCGGAAACAGCUUUGGCUGGUGCCGGCAUUCGGAGCCGUGGCACCGCAAAUGGCGACCUAUCGCUGGGCCAUUAUGCAUCCCUCCGCAAUGAGGCAUUCAUUUUCGAUCCGUCGGAGGGUCUCUACAUCUAUCCGCCCAAUGACAGUGGCUGGAAUGCUGCCGGCCACAGCUGCCCCCUUCAACUGCCAUUGCCUGUUCGCCUGGGCCUGGAGUGCAGUGCAGGCCUGGCGAAGCUGCGCAGGCUGCGGGCUGCGCGCAGUUGCUGCAAUCGGCGGUUGCGGUAA